ACAACUUCCUGUCCACCUUUGGCUCCUCAACAUGUAACAACUGCUUGUUAGUACAUUGUUGUACAUAUAGUUCGGUUCAUCUCUUGUUAGAAAAUCUACUUCAUUUUGAAAUUUCAAUGGCUUCUGGGAUGGACAGCAGUGGAUUCGACAAUCUUGCGUUUGAUAUGGAUGAGCAAGUUGAUGAUCACCUCAAAGGAAAGGCGUGUAAAACGUCUGAAACAGAUGGAGACAGAAAUAAACCCACCUAUUGUGUGACUGAUGUUCCACCUUGGUACCUGUGCAUUUUCUUGGCCAUUCAGCAUUACCUGACAGCAUUUGGUGGGAUAAUCUCCAUCCCUCUCAUCCUCUCAGAGGGCCUAUGUCUGCAGCAUGACAGCCUGACCCAGAGUCAGCUCAUUAACAACAUUUUCUUCGUCUCUGGCCUGUGCACGAUUCUGCAGGUCAUCUUCGGUGUCAGGCUUCCCAUCCUACAGGGAGGUACAUUUGCCUUGGUGACCCCCGCCAUGGCCUUGUUGUCCAUGCCUGACUGGGAAUGCCCAGCUUGGACCAAGAAUGCCAGCCUGGUCAAUACCUCCUCACCUGUCUUCAUAGAAGUAUGGCAGACCCGCAUGAGAACACUGCAGGGCUCUAUUAUGGUGGCCUCUAUCCUCCAGGUCUUGGUUGGUUUCUCUGGCCUCAUCGGCUUCCUCAUGCGCUUCAUUGGCCCCUUAACCAUUGCUCCAACCGUGUCACUCAUAGGCCUGUCGCUCUACGACUCAGCUGGAGUGAAGGCAGGCAGCCACUGGGGCAUUUCUGCUAUGACCACAGUGCUGAUCAUCCUCUUCUCUCAAUACCUCCGCCGCAUACCAAUCCCUGUUCCUGCAUACGACAAGAUCAAGAAACUGCGCGUCUCAAAGUUCUUUCUCUUUCAGAUAAUGCCAAUUCUCCUGGGCAUUGCAGUCUCAUGGUUAGUCUGCUACCUCCUCACCAUCUAUGAUGUCCUGCCAUCUGAUCCAGAUGAAUACGGCUACCUGGCCCGCACAGAUGUGAAGGGAAAUGUCGUGAGUGAGGCUUCUUGGUUCACAUUUACUUAUCCUGGUAAAUGGGGUUUGCCAACUGUUAGCCUGGCAGGUGUGGUUGGCAUUAUUGCUGGAAUAAUAUGCUCCAUGGCAGAGUCUGUGGGUGACUACCAUGCAUGUGCCAGGCUGUCAGGAGCACCGCCUCCCCCAAAGCACGCCAUCAAUCGGGGCAUCGGUGUCGAGGGAGUCGGGUCUCUGUUGGCAGGGGCGUUUGGCACGGGCAAUGGCACUACUUCGUUUAGCGAGAAUGUGGCAGCCCUCGGCAUCACCAGAGUGGGCAGUCGAACAGUGAUUCUUCUGAGUGGAUUUGUCAUGAUUUUGAUGGGGAUCCUGGGAAAAAUUGGAGCAAUCUUCACAACCAUCCCUACACCUGUGAUUGGAGGGAUGUUCAUGAUCAUGUUUGGAGUCAUAGGAGCUGCAGGAAUUUCUAAUCUGCAGUCCACAGAUAUGAAUUCUUCUCGGAAUAUCUUUAUAUUUGGUUUCUCCAUGUUUUCUGCACUCGUUAUUCCAAAUUGGAUCAUGAAGAAUCCAACUUUUCUUGACACAGGUGUCAAGGAGGUGGAUCAAGUGUUGCAAAUAUUGUUGACCACUCAUAUGUUUGUAGGAGGGUUCCUUGGCUUCUUCCUAGAUAACACAAUUCCUGGGACUAAACGUGAACGUGGCCUCUUAGCCUGGGAAAACGUGUAUCUUCAAGACUCUAGCAGCAGUUUGGAAACUGAUGAGGUGUAUGAUCUUCCAUUUGGCAUAACUUCUCACCUCCAAUCUAAAUCCUGGGCUCGUUACAUCCCUUUCUGCCCACACAAGGGUCACAGAUCUCAGUCGGAGGACAACCAUGUGUCACAGAGUCCGGGGAGUGAGUACAGCACAAGGAUCUGAACGAGCUGAAGUUUGAGUCUUAGUUUGAGUCAAACUGCUUGUUUCUUACCAAGAAGUGUCACAGAAAGCACUCUGGUGUUUAGACCGUUCAUCAUUGACUGAUGGAUAUCUUUUAAAUUGAACCAUGUACUGGUUAGCUGUGAAUAUCAGCUAUAUAUGCAUUUAAGGCAACUCUCUCUCUUUGCUUGAUCUUGAUUGCAAAUAGAGAUCUGUCCAUCUUAAAAAAAACAAAAACAAGAACAAGACAGUGGGAUUAUCUCUGUCAAACCUGCAGUCGCUUUAUUUUUGAAGUGCAAAGUAGAUUUUGACAGUUUGAGCCUGUCUGCACCGAAAAGGAAUAAAAAUAUCUAAGACUCGGAUUCUGUCAACACCAAUUAAAGGAGGACUUCAGAGCGAUCAGAGUGUUACUGUGUGCCACCAUUACUCCCAGAUCUUCCAAUAACUUGCUGCUGGUCACACAAACACAAACAGAAAACUGGAAUUAUGUGCUUUUCUUUCUUCUCUUUCAAAGGAAAUUAAAUUUAGCCCUUGGAUAAAUUUAUUAUCACACAGCACCAUCUCCCCAUUGAUUCAGGCAGCUGCUUAAAAACCCACAGCAGCAGCCCCCUGAGCUGUUAUUGUGUUUCCUUUAGCGAAAACAAACACAGAUAACACAUCUUCUCAAUCUCCCUGCCUUCCAUGCUGUCAUAUCUUUCUCCCUCUGUAUUCAUUUCCUUUGUCUAAGCAACUUUGACAGACAGGUGGGAUAUGGUGCAAUGCUCCGAUCUGUGGAGCCAUCAGUGUUCCCCGGGGCCUAUUUUGACCACAAGUCAUUGGUUGGUUGCACACCCUAAUGUUAUUUCAGGAUGGUGUGCUAGAACGAGGCACUGAGCGUAAUUUGCACUUUAGAAAUCUCACAUUUUCUUUGAUUGGAUGUUCCUCGGUGGGAACAUAUUGCAGAAUAUUAAAUUUUGCACAGUGUUCUGGAAAGUGGAGUUCCUCCUCAGUAAGUCACAGUUUUGUGCCAAAGCAUGGCAGGGAUCUGCAUAACAGUGGCAUAAAAUAAUGAUAACUUAGCAAUUCCCACUCACUGACGGGACUUCAACCCUGAGGAAUCGCCUUUAUUUUCUUUUUCAAUCAUCAGCGUCCUGUGACAUGCCCUCAUAGCCGUGAACUGCUUUAUGAGAUCUAUUGUGAGCUCAUGAAAGAUCAGAUCUCAAAUGACAAGUUUAUAUUUUCUGACACAACUAUCACUGCAAAUGGAGUUUUAGUGGAGCAGCGUGAGGCACAAAGAGAAUCCAUGAGAAAUAGAAAAUGACUGUGCAUUCAUCGCCGGUAGAUAGAACCACACUGCGGGCAAAUGCUUGACACGAUGCUGAUUCAUUCAUUCAAACGUGGUAAAUAAUAAGCAUCCAGUGAAGGUAUGUGAAGUAUAUGUAAGCUGACCUCAUUUAUGGGCUGUAAUUCCAUGGUAACUGCUAUUUUUCUGUUUAUAAGAUUCAAGCCCAACAUAAUUAUACAUAAUUAUGUGUGUAAAUGAAACAUAAUUAUCCCCUGAAGGUCAUCAUCAGAGAGUAUUAAGUGCUCUGAAAUGUCAAGAAAAUAAGAGCAAGGACAUUCAUAAAAUGUUUUGUUUCCAUAACUGUUUUGUAUUUAUUUGUUUCAUUUAAACUAUUUUAACAUUUUUACAUGUUUAUGCGCACAUUGGGAACACUUUUACUCACUAAGAGGAAACACUCUCACCUGACAAAGUGUGAUUUAUUCCUAUAAUAAAGAUCAGGUUAAGCCUUCGACUUGUUGUACGCUUUGGGAAACAGCUUGCUCAUUUCCUGAGCUGGGUGUCGAGCAUAUCUUGUGCAUCAGCUCUCAGAAAUACUGAUUGUGUUCACACUGAAGAACGGUGACGAAGGAACCUCGUCUAAGGUCGAGUGAAGCAAAUCUGUUUGUGGCAUGUAGUCUUUUAUUUCAUACAGAAACUACAUUUUCUAUGUGUUGUUGUAGCAAAAGCUAACAGGGUUACUUGUAAGACAGCCAGUUAUACUGCUGUGUACUGCCAGGAUUUUGCCUGGAAUAAUGGGACUAUAAAUUUGAUGGGUUUCCUCGUGCUCACUGGUGGAAGAAAUUAUGAUACUGGUUUACCUUC